AUGACUCAGUCAAAUCCUACGGACAAGACCCAAGGGGUCAUAGAUGUUGAAGCAUUGAAGAAAGAAAUUCGUGAACAAAUUUUAUCCGAACUGAAGGAACAAAAACCAGAACAAAAGCCAGAGAGACCAAAGAGAAAACUUAGUGAAAAACAACUAGCUGCAUUAGCUGCUGGAAGACAGAAGAACCCACGUUUGCUGGCGAAAAAAGCUAGAGAAGAAGCAAAAGCAAAGGAAGAACAAAAAGCAAAGGAAGCUGAAGCAAAGAAAGAGUAA